UUAUUAGCUUAUAUUGUAUAGUUUGUAAUCAUUUUCUCAAAACCGGAAACAGGUUUCAGAGCACCUUUGUGUACACAUAAAUUGAUGACGUAGUUCGCAUACAGAUAGUGUACAGCAAAGGUCACUAAAAAGAAGAAAAGGGGAGGCGCUCACAUGACAAUGAAUGGCUCAGCUGGAGAUAAGAUCUUGGUGAAUGUUUCAUCAAAUAUGAUGACUGGAUGUCAAGGGAUUCAAUAUGCAAACAACUUCCAAAUACAACAGAAUAAUGAACUUCACCAACAGCAUCAACAGCUGCAUCAACAACAAGUUUCAAACCCUAACGUGACUCCAGUACAGAUGUACCGGGGUGUAGGUGUACCUACACAGCUAAAAUACAAUUCUAUUGUACAGGGAGUGCCACAGGGUGGACAAAUACUGAUUCCAAAUGGAAUACAUAGUUCAAAUUCUAAUUUUCAAAUUGGUCAAAUUAUGAAUGGAUCUGUUGUUGCAUUUAAUAACCAAAUACAAAAUUAUCCAGCUGUGUCUUCACAAAAUAUCCCCACUGUGACUUCACAGAAUAUUCCCACUGCAUCACAGAAUGUUCCUGUUGUGUCAUCACAGAAUAUGCCUAUUGUGACAUCACAUAAUAUGCCCAUUGCGUCAUCACACAAUGUACCCAUAGUGUCAUCACAGAAUAUACCCAUAGUGACAUCACAUAGUAUGCCCAUUGUGUCAACACAGAAUAUUCCUAUUGCGACUUCACAGAAUAUCCCAUUAGUGACAUCCAAUUAUGUGCCUAAUCAAGCGAACAUACUGAAUACAACUACUCCUGGAGUUAAUACUCCCCAAGAAGCAUCUAUUUGGACCCAGCCAGUAAAAUCAAAUUCAAAUGAAAGUGUGAAUGAAGACUUAGGCCUUGAUGAUGCCACCCGUGAAAAAAUAAUCAAAAAUGCUCUAACAAAGGGCAAGGACUCUAUAGAACUUAUUAAACACAACACUGAUCUAGUCAUAAAUGUUACACCUGUAAAACCUGAACCAGGAUCUCCAAAGAAAACAACUGAGAAGGAUGAAGAUCUGAAAAAAAAGAAAUUAGCUGAAGGAACCCCAGAUAGUAGAGGUCCAGUUCACUGUGAAUGCUGCAAGAAAAAGUUCACUAGAAAGAGUAAUUUGGUACGCCACAUGAAGCAGUAUCAUGAUUAUAAACCAAAGUCUUACAAGCAGCAUUCAAAGUGCAUUGUGGAAAGUUGCAAUAAAGUCUUUCCAAUGAUUAAAAAAUUAGUUGAUCACAUGGAAGCAGAUCAUAAACUUGAAGUAGGUCUGAAAUCUCUGACAUUUGAAUCUGUAUCAGACUUUGAGAAGUGGAAGAUGGAAGAGGAGAAAACGACAUGUGCUUUCUUUCGUAAAGAAACACACACCAGAAUUAACAAACAAGGAGGUAAAAGGACUUACUUUGUGUGCAAUAGGAGUGGAACCAGUGGCCCUCACACCAAAAAUUACAAACCACCUAAGACUAACCGCAGAAGACAUGCAGGCUCUUGUAGGAUCGAUGGCCUAUGUCUGUCACGUAUGACUGUCCAUGAGUCUCCAGAAGGUGUGGUAGGAGUGAAAUAUCUCAGUAAACACAGCAAUCACAACCCAGCUUAUGAUGGUGCAAAGUUUCUUCCUAAACGAGUGGCAGGGAAAGAGAAAAAGAAAAAGAAGUUUGGUGGCAAAUCUAAAGCAAAGCAGGAGGAAACAGAAGGACUUAUAAACAAUAAAAUCACAAUCAUAAAACAGUAUAUGGAGGACCCUAUCAUUCGAGCCAAUGCCUUAGACAAUAUAGAACAAGUUCUUGAUCAGGUUAUACUUCACUGUGAAGAUACUAUAGCUAAUCCAGAGUUUUUACCACCUUUGCCCAAAAAGAAGAAAUAUCCGAUGGAUAAGAGUAAGAAAAUUCGAAGAAGUCACCAUCCUGUCCAAAACAACACCAAUCAUGUUCCUCAAAGUGCCUCAGUCGAGGCUCAAAACCAGCAACAGCAUAAAGGUCUCCAGGAUCUACUGGAUGUUUGUAAUCUCACCACUCAGCCGAAUGAAGCCAUCUCCCAGGGGUUCACCCCUAAUAUAUACCCAGUAAGGACAAUUCCCCACCCCCAGAAUAUGGUAGCUCCUAAUACCUCAUAUGUAUACGAGGUUAUAACUCCAGCACAACCAACCACAUGGACCGGACCCACUCAUCAGGCAACAUUAGGAUAG